AUGGCCCACGAGCCGUGCUCGGUGGAGGACCUGUGGGCCGGCGACCGGUCGCGGGUCGGCGUGUGCGUCAGCAUCACCCCGAAGGAUGGCGUGCGGUACGAGGAUCUGCAGCGGGAGGUGUUCGACCGCGUGAGAUGGCCGGACCGCGACCUUCGAUGGCACGCGCACAGGAGAGCCCGCGACGAUGGGAAAAGUGACGACGACGCGUGGGUGAUGGAGGCGACGGCGUCGUGCCUGGCGUCGAGCGGCGACGAGAGCCAGGUGGCGUAUCGCGUCGAGGGUGUCGCGCACGAUGUCGUGGAGGAGUGCGAGGUGUUGGUCAGCGCGCCGUGCCACGUCCCUUUCAUGGACCUGACCCUCGCCGACGUCGACAUCUCGGCGGCGGCGGUGGCGCGCGCGUCUCGCGACGAGGCGCGCGACGACGGAGACGGGCGGGGACCCGGCGCGUUCGGGCGGGACGCCGCGGGGGGCGAACCCCGCGAGAGCCCCGUGCAGAUGUUCCUCCGCACGGGCCUCGCCGCGUCCGCCGCGUCCGCGGUCGACCCGGACGACCUCGCGCGCCUCGUCGCCGUCGCAGCGCGCCGGGUCGCAUCCGCGGAGAAGGCGCUCCACGCCAACCACCCCGCCAUCCGCGUCGGCGAAGACGUCUUCGCCUUUCGGGAGAUGGGCAGCAGGGGCGGGCGCAGGUUCGACUUGCUCUUCCCGAAGCCCGAGUGGGAUGCCGACGAGAGCACGGAGGCGAGGACGGACGCGGCGUUCGUCCGAGACUUCGCGACGCGCGCGCCGUGGGUCCCGACGCUCGUCGAACCGAUACUCGGGAAAAACGAUAAAAGUGCCGACGACGAUGCACAUGCGUCGAUCGAAAGCGGGACCGCACGAUGCGACGCCCAGGACGAACCCCCCCGUCGCCAUCGUUCGAACGCGUGGUGGUGCGACGUCUCCGUCGUGUACUCCAAACCAGGCGCCCCGGCGCAGGACUGGCACUGCGACGGCAGGCAUCUCGCCGGCGAAGCUCGAGCCGAUUUUACCGGGCUCGGAGCGUCGCCGCCGUACGCGGUGUGCGUGUUUUGCCCGCUGAUCGACCUGGACGCGACCGUCGGGUUCACGCAGUUCUGGGCGGGGUCCCACGUGACGGACGGGCUCAUCGGGUUCGGCGCCGCGGCUGAAGUGUUGCGGGGGUGCGUCGACGGCAUCGCGAAUAAAGGCGGAUUCGUCGCGUACGAUUACCGGACGAUGCAUCGGGGGAUGGGUAACCGCAGCGGCGACACGACGCGGCCGGUGCUGCAGUUUCUGUACGCCAGGAGCAACUACAGGGAGACGAAGAACUACGGCGUUCGCUCCGUGUUUCGCCCCGGGACGUGA